AUGACGGAUCCCCUAGAUGACGAGUUGGCGAGCACAAGUGGUUAUCCAGAGGAGAUGGAUCUCGAUGAGGAAGACAUUGAUUUGGAUGAUGUGGUGCCAGAUCUGAAUCCGCCGAAUUCGGCUACUGGGGGGAUGAUCGACUAUUUAGCUGGAAUCGGUGGAUUCAGUGGCCAACGAACACCCAUAAAUCCAUUUGCCAACCUACAAACUGGUGAAUCAUCAAGUUAUAGUAGCGAACCACUAACAUGGCAAGGGGAUUUGGGACAGACACCCCAUCCACAUAUGACUUCGUCGCUCCCCGGGAGUGGCUCUCCAGACAUGAAGUUGCCAUCGCAAAAUGCCGCCACCGCCUCAGCGGAUCCUGCAAAGGUCAAAGUUGCUCCGAGCGUGAAAACCGAUUCUGGAUAUGGGUCAGUAACUCAUGAGACACCGAAGCUACCCCAAAAGCUCCAAACAAAAAAGGUGAUUAGAGAGCCAUUCGAUAUCGUGAUAGAGGGAAGACUUAUAGAAGCUCCCCCCUUUCAAGACCAUGAGGAUGCCACAAACUCUCAAACGUUAUACACUGGAGAUCAAGUUGUCAUGGGCGCCAGCAAAGCCCGACGGUACAUCUUGGAAUUCGCAAAUCACCUCUACAGCCACCUUCAGAAACCAUUUGCCGACGACAAAAUAAGUAGUGUGAUAGAGUCGCUACGAGACUUACUUGAGGCAUUCGCUCUCAAAUUGGGUCAGACGUCCCAAUUACAGAUAAAACGCGACGCCAUGUAUUUUAUAUACACAGAGAGAGACCAAAUCACCCAAUUGAUGAGAGCUUUGUUUAAUGGAAGCCGGCCCACAGACGAGUCAAAUAUGGAAUUUGGCAACCAAGUUGGCGAAACAGAAGAUAUCGAGAGUUUUCUCAAUGCCGUUACCAAAGAUCCUGCUUUCAAAUGGCUUGUUGGAAAGCUGCAGGGCUUGCUGACUUCCACAUAUAUAAAUUCAGACGCCAUGAAAAACAUCUCGGAUCACUUAAUACAGGGUCUACCCCCAAUUCAGGGAAUUAGCAGGCAUCAUCCGUCGAAACCUUUCAGAGUUACAUUCGAUGUCGAAUGCGAUAUUCUUGGAUUUAUAAAAGACCAAGAAUACUACGGGGCUGCCGCCGAGGUAGUACCAAACGUGAUCACUCUAACUGGGUCCUCUGACGACGUACAAGCUACAACCUGCGAGCAGUAUCUUCUUCAGACAUGGCCGACGGUAGGGUGUAACCUGUUGUGGGCUAUCCAAGGCGCGUUAAGGGAGUACAAUGCUUCUAAAUCGCCUCAAAGUUCGUAUCAAUGCAAAUUUGAAGAUCGAACAAAGAUCAAAGUCUCCAUAGGCGAAAGAUCUCUGAAAGUUGAAGCCAUUGGCACAAUUCAUUGCAUUGCGGAAAUUGGAGAGCAGAUCGGAUGGUUCGCAACAGCUUUUAAGCCAACAUUUCACGACUUAGAGAUCUCGUUUUGCCAUCCGGAACUUAUCAGUUUUCAGGCCGAAGAUAAUCUACACCUACUGUCCGAUGAAUUUGAGAAGUCUUUCAGAUGCAGAAUACUCACUGUUUUAGACGACAUCAAAGUCAAUCGUUUGCCAUAUGCAGGGGGUCAAUGCUGGCAACAAAUGUUCAAUAACCCCAUUAUUGUCACGGGCUAUCCAAUAAAGCCAAGAGAAAACAUUGAAUCCGGAGCUGGGUUGGAAAUCCCUUUUGAAAUGAUGACGACUUUAUCGGAUGCUCGAUAUCUGACAACCUUCAAUGGAAAGACUGUUUUGAAGGGAUUCUCGACUGUGUUGUUACCGAUGAGGCAGCAGGACGAUCUUAUCAUCUGGCAUUUACUUGUCGAUAUAUCUGGUGCUCGCAUAUCAUAUCUGGACCCCCGUAUACAGCAGGGGAUAUUGAUUUCAUCUGAUAAUAUGCAGAAUACCCGUCAUAUACUUGGAUGGUGUUCAGAAGCUCUGAAAAACAUAGGAUCUCCAGGCGCAAAUUACGAUAUCAAGUAUUCUGGCCUUUCUCAAGGGAAAUCGAGCCUAUCCUUGGAGAAGAUCGAGGUCAGCGUUGGCGCUGGCGAGUAUUUCAAGGUUGGCACAAGUUUUCGUAGAGGUCUAAGGGAAGGAGUGUUUGCUAGGCGUAUGUCAGAUGGGUACGACGACCGUGUUGACCAUAUUGCUAACCAGUAUAUUACGUUGUACGAUGUGAAAGAGAAACGAGCUUGGCUUUCCGAUGGCCUGCCUGUGCUUCUUCACCUCGUUCGCACGUCUCUGAGGAGAGAUGAGAAAGAUGAUCCAGAUGGCCUUGGUAUAAAUCUCGUCAAAAAUCUCAAUGAAGCGCCUCCCGCAGUUCAAGGCACCAUGGCAGCGAAGGUGGUUUUAUAUGAUGCCGACAACCGUUCAAUCAGUCUGCGUUCACGCACAAAGGUCACGGAAGUAACAACCAACAGGAUUGUUGAUGGUAAAACCUUCACAGAGCAUGUCAAGAAACAAGAAACAUCGAGACAAGAUGGCAUCUUGCGACGAGCGCCGAGAAACGUCCUCGGUGGAUAUGAAUUUAUGGGCGUCGCAGCUCGCAAGAAUCUUGAACUUCUUACCACCAAGAUGUCAAUUUCAGAGCGUGGGAGUGGCUGGACGGAUCUUUUAUGCUCCAUUUCAGCGGUUACUCUUUUCGGUAAUGACUUUGGAGAGCUCAUCAAGCCAAGAUCAAAGAUGAAGAAACAUUGCAAUGGUUGUGGACUUAACGUCAGUCUACCCUCGGGGGAAAAUCUCUUAGCAGUUGGUGUUGAUGUUCUGGAAGGGAUUCUUUUUGAGAAAGGCAACAAAGAUACGAUCCCCUGGCGAUUAGUAGACGAUAUCUAUUGGCAUUGUAACGAAUCUGCCUUUGGACACUGCCAGUGCAAUAUCUCUGGUGGGAAGUCACGCCCUACAUGUUUUGAUGAUCGGAUCCAAGUACUCUCUUCCAACAAUAAAAACCGUCGCCACCCGCCAUUGAGUUCAAUAAAUACCCCGACAAACGGGGCGGUUGUAUUCGGUCACGGUCGGAAAAAGGGGGUCACUCUUAUGGUCCACAAUAUGGAGGAGGUUAUGGUGGAGGAUGAGAGUGAUUCAUCUCCAGAAGACAUCAUUCGAUCGCAAACUUCGCUGGGAGUAUCUGUCUCAUCUGACACACAAAAUGAGAAUUCCGAGACAAAUGAGAACCUGCUCCCUGACAUAGUGAGCUCUGAUACCCCUAAUACUUCCACAUCGUCCAGGAUGGAUGGAUCGGGGUUAGCCAAAAAUACUUCUCAGGUAUCUGGCACCGAGGGCGCUGCCACUCCAGAUGCCUCUAGGUCAACAGAAAUGCCACUAUCCAGCUUAAUUCUCGUUGAUCCAAACCAGAGCGCUUUCCCAGAUGUUAUGUCUACUUUACCAGAAAGUAGUGCCGCAACAGCACAGAAUGCAUCAGGCACGCCAUUCAUUCCUCAUCGGAAGAGGCCUAUUGAGAAACUAAAAGAUAGAUCCACAAAGGCAUGGAAGAAACUGAGGCAUGACACUUCAAGCUAG